AUGGAGCUCAAGGUGACUUGUGUCCUGGCCGUGGUCCUCGUGCUGGUCCUUGGCACCCUGGCUGAGGACCAGACAGAGGCCUGCGACGUGGCCCCUCGCCAGCGGCAGAACUGUGGCUUCAGCGGCAUCACGCGGGGGCAGUGCGAGGACAGAGGCUGCUGCUUCAGCGACAAGUUCCGCGGCGUCCCGUGGUGCUUCCACAAGCAGCAGGUCGUGGAGGAAGAACAGUGUACCUUCUAGCAGCUGCUCCCACGGACCGCUCGCCUCCUCCUGCACCUGGGGACGGUGGA